CCCGGCAGCUUCUAGUAGGUUCCAGAAGGCGGCGCGUGCGGUUGGGAACGCGGAGCGGACGGAGUCGAUUCAACGGGGUUCCGUGCCGGGCUAUGGAGCAGGUGAACGAGCUGAAAGAGAAGGGCAACAAGGCCCUGAGUGCCGGCAACAUCGACGAUGCGCUGCAGUGCUACUCCGAGGCCAUCAAGUUAGAUCCCCAGAACCACGUACUCUACAGCAACCGCUCGGCAGCCUACGCCAAGAAGGGGGACUACCCAAAGGCUUAUGAGGAUGGUUGUAAAACCGUGGACUUAAAGCCUGACUGGGGCAAGGGCUAUUCUCGAAAAGCAGCAGCUCUGGAAUUCUUAAACCGAUUUGAAGAAGCCAAGCGAACCUAUGAGGAGGGUUUAAAACAUGAGCCAAAUAAUCCUCAGCUCAAAGAGGGGUUACAGAAUAUGGAGGCCCGGUUGGCAGAGAGGAAGUUCCUGAACCCUUUCAACAUGCCCAAUCUGUACCAGAAGUUGGAGAGUGAUCCCAGGACACGGUCGCUGCUUGCCGAUCCCUCCUACCGGGAACUGAUCGAGCAGUUACGAAAUAAGCCGUCCGACCUGGGCACGAAAUUGCAAGAUCCGCGGAUCAUGGCUACUCUCAGUGUCCUCCUCGGGGUCGAUCUGGGCAGCAUGGACGAGGAGGAGGAAGUUGCGACCCCUCCACCACCGCCGCCUCCCAAAAAGGAGACCAAGCCAGAGCCCAUGGAAGAAGAUCUUCCAGAGAAUAAGAAGCAGGCCCUGAAAGAGAAGGAGCUGGGGAACGAGGCCUACAAGAAGAAAGACUUCGACACCGCCUUGCAGCACUAUGACAGAGCCAAGGAGCUGGACCCCACGAACAUGACCUACCUGACCAACCAAGCAGCUGUGUACUUUGAGAAGGGCGACUACAGUAAAUGCCGGGAACUUUGUGAGAAGGCCAUUGAAGUGGGGCGAGAAAACCGAGAAGACUAUCGACAGAUUGCCAAAGCUUACGCUCGAAUUGGCAACUCCUACUUCAAAGAGGAGAAGUACAAGGACGCCAUCCAUUUCUACAACAAGUCCCUGGCAGAGCACCGCACCCCGGACGUGCUCAAGAAGUGCCAGCAGGCGGAGAAGAUCCUGAAGGAGCAGGAGCGGCUGGCCUACAUAAACCCUGACCUGGCUUUGGAGGAGAAGAACAAAGGCAACGAGUGUUUCCAGAAAGGGGACUACCCCCAGGCCAUGAAGCAUUAUACAGAAGCCAUCAAACGGAACCCACGAGAUGCCAAGUUGUACAGCAACCGAGCUGCCUGCUACACCAAGCUGCUGGAGUUUCAGCUGGCGCUCAAGGACUGUGAGGAAUGUAUCCAGCUAGAGCCGACCUUCAUCAAGGGUUACACACGGAAAGCUGCUGCCCUAGAAGCCAUGAAGGACUACACAAAAGCCAUGGAUGUCUACCAGAAGGCGCUGGACCUGGAUGCCAGCUGUAAGGAGGCUGCCGACGGGUACCAGCGCUGUAUGAUGGCCCAGUACAACCGACACGACAGCCCCGAAGACGUGAAGCGACGGGCCAUGGCCGACCCUGAGGUGCAGCAGAUAAUGAGCGACCCGGCCAUGCGGCUCAUCCUGGAACAGAUGCAGAAGGACCCCCAGGCACUCAGCGAACACUUAAAGAAUCCUGUAAUAGCACAGAAGAUCCAGAAGCUGAUGGAUGUGGGUCUGAUCGCAAUUCGGUGAUGACUUGCUCAUCAUCCCCCUUCCCUUCGCCCUCAUCUGGAAAGAGGAGCUGGGACCGCGGCGAGCAGCACGGAGCAGAAGGGAGAGAAGGGGAAAAAAGCGAACAAGUGAUCUUUAUAUUUAUACAGACGUAUGUGGAAGACGCAGAGACUUACACUCACGUUACUCGUACAGCCGCUGCCUCUGGGCCCUCCCAGCACACGCAUGGUCUCCUCUGCUGCCCUUGGGUUCCGUGUCUCCUCACCUGUCCCUCAGACGCUGUCUCAGCUGCUCUCCCAUAGUUGGUUAUUUUUUAUUUGGGGCAGUGGGCACGAACGGGGAGGGAAGGGUGUUCUUCCCAACCUCAGGUCCCAACUGUCUUCACCUUGUUAACUCCACGUCCCCUUCUCCAAUAAAACAAGCCAGUCGGGCGUGGUUAUA